AAGUGCGACAUAAGUCAUACUUAAAUCUUUGUGAAACACCCCCCUGGUUAUACCUGUAGAUGAAAAGGGAAUUAUACGCAGGAUACCCCCACCUACUCCUUUGUCUACCCAUAUUUAUUUAGUGGUAACUUAGGCUGGAUACAGGCCUAAAACCUUCGAUAAACACGUGUAACGUUCUAGGGUAUACAAGUGUACCGUAAAAGGUUGAUUGGCUUCAUAACAUUCAACUCUACCGAAGAAAUCAAACGUGUUAACCUUGGAUUCAUUAAAAAGGAGAUAGGCUUGUGCCUGUUAUCGAUUAAUACCUGGACACUAAGAACUAUGAUGUCUUCUAAAUUGGUUUUUAUUGCCAUAGCAACCGUCGCUUUAAUUGACAGGGGAAAUUGCCUGAGCUGCGUCUGUCACGAGUUUGGCGUUAAUACCCCAGCCCUCAAAGAUUGGCGUGAUGAGAACUGUCCGGUAGAUGUCCAGUGUCCGGCCGGGUCGAAAGUCCUAUGGGAUAUCUGCUCCUGUUGUAAGAGCGAUUGUUCCAAGUUGGAAGGCGAGGAUUGUGGCGGUGUGUUCGAUGAGGCCGGUCGAUGCGGAGAUGGUCUAGCAUGCUACGUCGAGCCGUCUGCAGAGCCUGAUUAUUAUAUGCAUGAGUACCGCUUCGGCAAAUGCGUCCCCAAAAAUCCCACCGUAUCCACUCCCUUCAAUGACGUCACAACUGUACCAUCCACUGCCGCUGGUGGCGCUGUAACCAAAAAGUCUAGGCGGGGGUAUGGAUGCGGAAAGAAGAAGAUGGCGAGGAUGGGUGAAGAGGACCGCAAGAGGUGUGAGAAAGAGAGAGAAAUGAGGAAACAGAAAAGGCGGGAAGGAAACAGACAGACUAUAACCAGUAAUAUUUCCUAAAGAUUUCUCGGGCUAUACGAAUGAUCAUGAUUGAACCAGUCUUUUAUUCGAGCCCCAGCAGGAAGAUUGGUGGAAGCUCUGUUUUCUUUCGAUGUUAUUCAACUUUAAUGGACUAGACAAUCGAAUCAAUCAUAAUUCCUGAAUAGCUUAUUAGUUCAUUGAAUUUUUCGUUUCACUUUCCUCUGUAUGGUUAAACUUGCUUUUACUCAAUAAAUCUGUUCGACAUUGUAUGGUCCAAAUAUAUGAUUUUUCCAAACAAUACCAAAUCAUGCUCAACAAUAUGUACUCCUUGAAAUCUAACCUUGAAAAAAAAACACAUUCCAGUCAUGUGCAACAUGUAUACACUCUUCGGGUUUAAACAUCAACUGUUUUAUAGCUGCACCUAGAUUGCACCAUGCACUUGAUCGAUGAAGAAAUGACAUGUACCCUAUCACAAGGCCGCCAUUACGAGGCCGCCAUCAUUAUCAAUCUUAAUCGCUUACGAUGGCGGUCU